AUGGCGGCGCAGUCAACACUGCAACGAGCGGAAGAUCCGAUCGUCGCUUUUUACCGACGCUACGUCCAACUAUUUCGCGCUCGCCUGCAACGAUCGUCUAAGACCAGCAAGAUACUCGCGACCUUGUCCUUGAUAAUAGCUAUCAUCGGAUCUAGCUAUGGCGGCUACAGCUUCCUACACAAACGGUCAACGGAACACGCUCAGGGAAGACGCUUGCUACGGAGGAAUUCUGGGCUGCGCGGAAAGGACGGAUCGAGGAUCAUAUACGUGCCUUACAAGGAUAGUAUGACUUCCAAAGUCACCAUCCAUCCCACAAAGCCAACCACAUUCGACGCCCAUCGACGAUUAUUCCUAAACCCUCCGCGUGCAGCGGGCUUAGGAGGCGGCGAAGCCAUCUCUGCGAUACCACCACCAUCCACAAAACCAGGCCUAAAUCUCGCCUUCUUACACCAGUUUCUUAGCCUCAUGAGCAUCAUGAACCCGCGGUGGCAUUCCAAAGAAACUGGGCUUUUGAUGAGCCAUGCUGUUUUUCUUCUCCUAAGAACAUACUUGUCGCUGCUCGUUGCCCGAUUGGACGGAGAAAUUGUUCGAGAUCUAGUGGCUGGAAAGGGCCGAGCCUUCCUUUGGGGGCUUCUUAAAUGGUGUAGCAUCGGUACAUUUGCCUCGUAUACAAAUGCUAUGAUCCAAUUCCUUCAGUCCAAGAUAUCCAUCGCUUUCCGAACACGCCUGACGAGAUAUAUACACGAUUUAUACUUGAACGAAAAUGCAAACUACUAUAAACUAACCAAUCUAGAUGGAGCCGUGGGCCAAGGGGCUGAUCAAUUCAUCACUCAAGAUUUGACACUUUUCUGCGCCUCUGCUGCUGCCUUGACUUCAUCCUUAGGCAAGCCGGCUGUUGAUCUGAUCUUCUUCACCUAUCAACUUUACCGUGGUCUUGGGCCCCUAGCCCUCACCGGUAUUCUGAGCGGUUACUUUACGACUGCAACUGUCCUUCGCAGGCUUUCUCCGCCGUUCGGAAAACUGAAAGCCGUUGAAGGUAAGCGUGAAGGUGACUUUAGAGGCUUGCAUUCGCGACUUUUAGCCAACGCCGAAGAAAUCGCCUUUUAUGGAGGCGCUGAUAUUGAAAAGGUCUUCUUGACGAAGAGUUUUAAGGAUCUUCAGCGGUGGAUGCAAGGAAUAUACAGCCUCAAGAUUCGCUACAAUAUGCUUGAGGAUAUGAUCUUGAAGUAUGUAUGGUCUGCUUUUGGAUACCUCAUGACAUCGAUCCCGGUCUUCCUUCCCGCGUGGGGAGGAGUCGGCGGUACACAAGAGCUAAGUGACGUGACCGGAAAUGAUGGCCGAGAACGCGGCCGUAUGAAGGAUUUCAUUACCAACAAACGCUUGAUGCUGUCUUUGGCUGAUGCAGGAGGUCGAAUGAUGUACAGCAUCAAAGACAUUUCAGAAUUGGCUGGUUAUACUUCUCGCGUCUACACUUUGAUUUCUGCCCUGCAUCGUGUUCACGCAAACGCUUACUAUCAACCUCGCGGAACUCACCCUGAAUUAUUUUCUCUUUCUGAUAUCCAGGGUACUGUGCAUAGUGGUUUCGAUGGCGUUCGGCUGGAGCAUGUUCCUAUUGUUGCGCCAUCGCUCUACCCACAAGGCGGAGAUGACCUUAUUGAGUCCCUCUCAUUUAUUGUGCAUUCCGGCGAACAUCUUCUUAUCUGCGGACCCAACGGCGUGGGCAAGUCGUCCAUCGCUCGCAUUGUUGCUGGACUCUGGCCAGUCUAUCGGGGUCUAGUAAGCCGCCCGAGGGACUUCGGCAUGGAUGGAAUUAUGUUCUUGCCUCAGCGACCUUAUCUGAGCGUCGGCACUCUCCGCGAUCAGGUCAUCUACCCCCAUACUGAGAUAGACAUGCGUGAGAGCGGACGAACAGAUGCAGAACUGAGCCGAAUCCUUGAAGAAGUCCACCUUGGAUACCUCCCAUCUCGCGAAGGUGGCUGGAACUGUCGUAAGGAAUGGAAAGAUGUCCUCAGUGGCGGCGAGAAACAGCGCAUGGCAUUUGCACGCCUCCUAUACCAUGAGCCGCGAUACGCAUUCAUUGACGAAGGCACCUCUGCCGUAUCAUCCGAUGUUGAAGGCUUAUUAUAUGAGCGAUCCAAAGAGAAAGGUAUCACGCUCAUCACAAUCUCGACGCGCGCCUCUCUCAAGAAGUACCACACCUUCCAGCUAACUCUCGGUCUUGGCAUGAGCGGUGAUGAGUGGGAAUUCGACAGAAUUGGCACGGAGAAAGAGAAGAUGGGCGUCGAGAAGGAGCUACAAGAACUACGAAAACGACUUGAUAAUGUCGAGGGCUGGAAGCGUCGGAGAGAAGAGAUUGAAUCCGAGCUCAAUAAGGUGUGGGUAGAUUCGGGUGAACUUGCUCCUCCUCCGUAUCAAGAGUCGGCUGAGCAGGAGGUUUCGAGUGAAGCAUGA